AUUUGCAAUAUUUUUUUGUACUCGAUGAUUCGAUCUCAUUUUGUGCUCAUUUUCCUCACGGCUCACCAACUGGAACUACCAAGUCACCACUUCUCGUUUUUGGCAUCAACGUUCUUGCCAUAUUUUAUUAUCUGUUGUCUUCAUUAAAAAAUAAGCAAAUUCAAACAUCAACUGACAGAAACGGAUAGAAACAACUGUUGUUUGAAGGCGUAUUGUUUAAAAAUUAGUUGUAAAAAUUAGUGAAUUACUUAGUUUUAAAGUAAAUUACGUGUAUAUUUAGAUACUAUAGUAGACUUAAAAGGUAACGGCUUCAAAACGACAAAAAAAGCAGUUCGCGAUGUUACUCAAGUGGAAAUGUAUUCUUACAAACUGGAUAAAUUGCUACUGCAAUGAAAGAGAUAGUAAGGACUUGGAUAUAAACCUUGACUCUUUGUUGAUCAUCAUUUCCCAAUUGCGAAGAAACCUAAGCCUUGACGACUCAAGGUCUUCUUUGUUAGAAGCACACAACAUACAAGAGUUUAUCCUCGAAAAGUACCCGGAUUUCAAAUUUGAAAAUGGAACAUGUGAUCCCCGUUCCGAAGAAGAUCUACAUCUCUCUGCGUCUCUGCUACUAUUUUUCGUCUGCGUGAACUCAAAAAAUAUCGACCUCAAAAAUGCAAUGUGCAGCAAAUUAUCAUCAUCGGACCAGGAAAUAAUCAUGAAGUUCAGCAAAUGUUUAAUGGGCUGUACUAACAUCACCUCCUCCGACGUUCUACAAGCAAUUACAGAGGCAUGUGGGCAAGACAUAGCUGGCACAGAGACAGCAACCACAAAUACAGUUGCUGAAACUCCUCCAGCUUUACGAUCUUUGCAUAGUGAAGUUAGACGGCUACAAGCAGCUCUGGAUGCGGAACGCUUUGAUCGUAACUACCUUCAAGAGGAGCUCAGCAGGACCAAUUUGAAAUUGGAGAAACUAUCUAAAGUGAAGGAACAAUAUAAACAAGAAAUAGUCAACCUGAAAGCAAGAGUAUCUGACCCCUGUGGUGAGGACAACAAUACUGCUGGUAGUGAAGCUUCACACAAUAACUCAGUGAAGUUGGCAAAACAGCUGGAGCAAGCUGAGGAACGUCUGGCUAACUUGCAGGAAGAAUUGAGCAAUGUGGAGUACGAAAGAAAUGGUUAUAAGAACAAGUUGGAUGAACUGAAACGCGACAGAGAUAAAUAUUUUGCCCUGAGCCAACAAGAGAACAUUCGAGCAAGUCAACUUGCAGAGGAAUUGGACAGUGAACGUCGUCAGUGUAAUUCUUUGCGGGAAUUAGUUACUGAGCUACGACAACACAACCGCCUCAACAGAAUGGACUCCAGUCAGUUGGAGUGUGAUGAUCUUGAUACAAGUGUCCACUCAUUACAACAUAAUUCCUCCGUGUGCAGUGAGGUCUGUGCAAGCAUAAUUGAAGUACAGCUAGCUGAAGAAAGAUCUAAGAUCGCUACAUUGAAAAAUCAAAUGCAAAUGUUGCAGGAUCAACUUACAGAAUUAAAUAAUAAAUAUGAAAAAGAAAAAAAUGACCUUGGUAAAACUCUUUCUGAGAAAGAAUGUGACAUCAUGAACUUAAAGCAUAGAAUUAAUGAAGAAAUUGAAAGUAAGAAUGUAAUAAAAUCUAAAUGUGAUAAUGACAUAACUAAAUUGAAUAAUGAAAUUAAUGAACUCGAGCAGACCUUGAAGGAUACUACCGAAAAUGCCAGGAAAACCAUUGAUACAAAAAUGCAAGAGAUACAAACUUUACAGGAGGAAAAGCUUUCCCUAUUGCAAAGCUUUUCAAAUGAAACAUCAAAACUAGAAUCUAAAGUACAGGAACUGAAAAAAGAGAUUGACUCUGAAAAGACAUCUAAGCAAAAAAUGAGGGAAGAUUAUGAUAAUCACAUGAUGAAAUUAAAAGAAAAAGUUUUGAAUAGGAAUAAUGAACUUGUUGAACUUCAAAACAAAAUUGUAACUAAAGGAGAAGAAAUUGAAAGUCUACAGAUACAAUUGCGCAAUGAAAAGGAUAUGAGACAAGAAUUAAUUAACAAACACAAUAAUGACGUGUUGCAUUAUAACAAUGUAAUAAAAGAGCAGAAUCUAAAUGUUCAAAAGAGUUCAGAAGAAAUAGCUGAACUACGAAAACAGGUACAACAGUAUUAUGAAUGUAUUGAAGAAAUGAAUAGAGAAAGAAACAAUCUUAAUGCCUCUUUACUUGGCCUAAAAGAGGAAGUCAAGAUUUUGACAAGUGAGAAACAGAUAUGGCUGAAAGAAAAAGAAAAACUUGCAAAUGAAUUUGAUGAAAAGAAUGAAACAAUCAACUCUCUUAAAAGUCAACUUCAAACUGAAAUUCAAUUUAAAAAUGAAACACAAUCUAAGCUUCGUGAAGUAGAGUCUCAUAUAAAAAUAUUGUUAGAGGAAAAAACUACAUUGACCAAUAAAUUGUCUUCAGUAAUUGCUGAAAACUCUAACGUCUGUGAAAAGUUAAAAAAGGAAGUGAAGGAUUUGACUUGUGUGAAACAGAUAUUGCUGAAAGAGAAAGAGAAACUCGAAAAUGGAUUUGAUGAAAAGAUUGUAAUAAUUAGCUCUCUUGAAAGUCAACUUCAAACUGAAAUUCAAUUUAAAAAUGAAAUACAAUCUAAACUUCGUGAAGUAGAGUCUCUUAAAGAAAUACUGACAGAAGAAAAAAUUUCUUUGACCAAUAAACUGUCUAAAAUAAUUUCUGAACACUCUGAUGCCUGCCAAAUGUUGGAAGAGAAAGUCAAGAAUUUGACAAGUGAGAAACAGAUAGUGCUAAAAGAGAAAGAACAACUUCAAAAUGAAUUCCAUGAAAAGAAUGAAAUUAUUAAUUCUCUAGAAAGUCAACUUCAAACUGAAGUUCAAUUUAAAAAUGAGAUACAGUCUAAACUUCAUGAAGUAGAAACUGAUAAAGAACUAUUAUAUAAAGAAAAAACUUCUUUAACUGAUAAACUGUCUACAGUAAUUGCUGAAAACUCUAAUACGUGCGAAAUGUUGAAAGAGGAAGUCGACAAUUUGACAAGUGAGAAACAAAUAUUGUUGAAAGAAAAAGAACAGCUGCACAAUAAAUUUGUUAAAAAUAAUGAAUUAAUUAAGUCUCUCGAAAUCAAACUUCAAACUGAAGUUGAACUUAAAAAUGAGACGCUAUCUGAACUUCUUAAAGUAGCGUCUGAAAAAGAUUUACUGCGUGAAGAAAAUACUUCUUUGACCAAUGAAAUGUCUACCAUUAUUGCUCAAAACUCUGAUGCGUGCGAAAAAUUGAAUCUGGAAGUCAAGAAUUUGACAAGUGACAAAGAGAUGUUGCUCAAAGAGAAAGAAAUACUCCAAAAUAAAUUUGAUGAAAACAAUAACACAAUAUACUCUCUUGAAAGUCAGCUGCAAACUGAAAUUCAAUUACGAGAUGAAAUACAAUCAAAGCUUUCUGAAGUUGAGUCCGAGAAAGAAAUAUUGUAUGAAGGAAAAACUUCUUUGGAAAUGGAAGUCAAGAAUUUGACAAGUGAGAAAGAGAUGUUACUAAAAGAGAAAGAAAUACUCCAAAAUAAAUUUGAUGAAAACAAUAACACAAUAUACUCUCUUGAAAGUCAGCUGCAAACUGGAAUUCAAUUACGAGAUGAAAUACAAUCAAAGCUUUCUGGAAUUGAGUCCGAAAAAGAAAUAUUGUGUGAAGAAAAAACUUCUUUGAAAAUGGAGAUCGAGAAUUUGACAAGUGAGAAAGAGAUGUUACUGAAAGAGAAAGAAGUACUCCAAAAUAAAAUUGAUGAAAAUACUAACACAAUAUACUCUCUUGAAAGUCAGCUGCAAACUGAAAUUCAAUUACGAGAUGAGAUACAAUCAAAGCUUUUUGAAGUUGAGUCCGAAAAAGAAAUAUUGUGUGAAGAAAAAACGUCUAUAACCAAUAAAAUGUCUACAGUUAUUGCUAAAAACUCUGAUGAGUGCAAAAAGUUGAAUGAGUUAGUUGAAAACUUGACAAGUGAGAAACUUAUUUUGCUUAAAGAAAAAGAGCAGCUCCAAAAUGGAUUUGAUGAAAAGAAUAAAAUAAUUAACGCUCUUGAAAGUCAACUGCAAACUGAAAUUCAAUUUAAAAAUAAGAUGCAAUCUAAACUUUGUGAGGUAGAGUCUGAGAAGGAAAUAUUGUGUGAAGAAAAAACUGAAAACUCUAAUGCAUGCAAAAUGUUGCAAGAGGAACUAAAUAAAUUGAACAGAGAGAAACAGAUAUUGCUGAAAGAGAAAGAACAUCUGCAACAUGAGUUUGAUGAAAGGAAUGAAAUUAUUAUCUCUCUUGAAAGUCAACUUCAAACUGAAAUUCAAUUAAGAAAUGAGAUACAAUCUAAACUUCGUGCAGUAGAGUCUGAUAAAGAAAUAUUGUGUGAGGAAAAAACUUCUUUAAGCAAUAAACUCUCUACAGUAAUUGCCGACAACUCUAAUAUAUACGAAAUGUUAAAGGAGGAAAUCAUGAAAUUAACAAAUGAGAAAGAAAUGUGGCUAAAAGACACAGAAAUACUCCAAAAUAAAUUCGAUGAACAGAAUGAAAUAAUUAAUUCUCUUGAAAGCCAACUUCAAAAUGAAAUUAAACUUAGAAAUGAGAUACAAUCGAAGCUUUGUGAAGUAGACUCUGAAAAAUCUUCUUUGAACAAUAAACUAUCAACAGUAAUUGCUGACAACUCUAAUAUGUGCGAAAUGUUGAAGGAGGAAAUCAAGAAAUUAACAAGUGAGAAAGAAGCUUGGCUAACAGAGACAGAAAUACUCCAAAAUAAAUUUGAUGAACAGAAUGAAACAACAAAAUCUCUUGAAAGUCAACUUCAAAAUGAAAUCAAACUUAGAAAUGAGAUACAAUCGAAGCUUUGUGAAGUUGAAUCUGAAAAAACUGUUUUAGACAAUAACAUGUCUAUAUUAAUUGCUGAAAACUCUGAUACGUGCGAAAUAUUGAAAGAGGAAGUUAAAAAAUUGACAAGUAAGAAAGAGAUAUUGCUUAAAGAGAAAGAAGUACUUCAAAAUAAAUUUGAGGAAAAUAAUGAAACAAUUAACUCUCUUGAAAAUCAACUUCAUAAUGAAAUUCAAUUAAGAAAUGAGAUACAAACGAAACUUUGCGAAGUUGAGUCUGAGAAAAAAAAGUUGUGUGAAGAAAAAACUUUUGUGACCAAUAAACUAUCCACAGUAAUUGCUGAAAAUUCUGAUGCGUGCGAAAAGCUAAAUCAACGCAUUCUUCAAGAACAGCAAGCUAGCCAAUCUUUACAAAACCAAGUAGACAUCUCUAAUAAGAAAAUCGAAGAAUUAUUAGAGAUAGUACAACAAAAGAAUGAUGAAUUUUCUAAACAAAUCGAAGAAUACAAAGGGAUUAUCGAAGCAAAAACUAAUGAAGUUGAAAGUCUAGUAUUUAAAAAUGCAACCCUACACAAUGAACUCAAUGAGGUCAAAAUACAACUUGAUUCAAAAGUGCAUUCACUAAAAGAUAAGCUUAUUGAUAAUGAAAAUAUAACAGACAAACUAAAAGCAACAUAUGAGUCUCAAAUUGACAAUCUAAAUGUGAUGGUGUCUAAACUGACUAGUUACUUGAAAGAGAAGACUAUUGAAAUUGAAGCGACAAACAAGGAAAAGGCUCAAUUAGAAGAAGCUUUAAAGAAGAGUAAUGAAGCUAUCAGUUUGUUAGAAGAAGAAGUAAAGUGCCAAAAACAAAAACAGGACAAAUUAAUUAGCGAGUUUGAAUCGGAAAGAGUUGUACUUAAAAAUAUAGUGUCUGUAACAGAAGAUGUAAUGGAAGAUCAGAAAUUGAAUUUCAACAAUAAAUUCACCGAAGUCACGAAGCAAAAUAAAGAGCUGAAAGACCAUGUUAAGAAAUUAGAAGAACAAAUUGUUACAGAGCGAAAAAAUGCAGAACUUACACUGAAUGAUAAAGUGGAUAUUCUCAAUAUAGCUUUGAAAGAUUUAUCUGAUAUAAAGGAUGUAAAGAAAUCAUUGGAAGAAGAAAAUUUAACCCUCAAAGAACUUGUAUCAAAGAAAACUGAGGAAAUUGAGUUGACAACAAGCGAAAAGAAUUCUUUAGAACAGAUAUUGGAAAGUGUGAAAAAUGAUAAAUCUUUAUUGGAAAACAAAAUGCAAGAGUUUGAAAUGUUAAAAGACAAACAAAUCGCUGAUCACUUGAAUUUAUUAAAAGAAAAAGAAAAUGAAAUAAAUAAUUUGAAAGAAGAGUUGGAGAGACAGACAGAGGCUAUCAAACAAUUUGAAAAUUUACAAGAGGCAUUAUCAAAGGAAAGGGAUGAAAUCGCUGAACACUUAAAUGUAAAAGAUACUUUACUGGAAACUGAAAAGAACCUGCGUAUUUCCCAGCUGGAUGAAUUACAUAAGUUGCAACAACUUCAAACUGAGAAUCUCACAUUACAAAAUAUUCUAAAAGAAAAAGAAUCAGAAAUAAUGGCUAUAAAAGAACAUUUUGAGAAUGAAACUGAUCAAAAUCAACAGGUGAGUGACCAAAAUAAAAUAGAGCAAACGAAAUUAUUAAAUAAAUGUAUAAUUCUAGAGGAAUACCAAAUAAAAGCUGAAGAAGAAUUAAAACAUCGCCAAGCUAAAAUAGAAGUACUUGUAAGUGAAAUGGAAACUAUUAGAAACGAAUUUACUCAAGUAGAAGUAGAAAAAAACAUUCUUAUAGAAAAGCUAGAAACGGAAUUAGCAGACACGAAACAGAAUUAUUUGCGUUAUAAACAAGAAGCAGAAAAGUAUAGUAAUGAAAUCGGAAGACUCAGAGAAAACCUAAAUGCAGUAAAUACAAAUACAGUGUACAAUUUAAAGAAGGAAAACGAAUUACUGCUAAAAGCUGUGACUAAUAAUGAAAAUAUGGCUUCAAAUGAUAAAGAGAAUAUACCAAACUACCGCGAAGAUGUGGCAAUCAAAAUACGUGAGCUGCAGAACCAAGUUCACGAUUCUGCAUUCGAUAACACAACUUCAUCCAUCGAUAGCUCCAAAACUAUAACCGAUUUGGAGAAAAUAAUACAAGACAAAAACAGGACAAUAACAACUUUACAUAGUGACAUUACAUAUCUGAAGACUUUGAUCGCCGAAUCCGAGAAUAAGCUACUGGAUGUGACUAAAGAUCUGGAUCUGAGCAGAGAAAAUUGUCACCAACUAUCCAACCAACUGAAGAAAGUCGUUCUUCAAAAGAAUGAGGAAAUCGCCGAGCUGAGGAACAAAAUCACAAAGAUGAGCGCCACAGAAACCCGUGCGUCGCAAAUCAUCAAAGUGUCCGCCAAAUAUCAGGCGAUGAUAAUAAAACGGAUCGCCGAAAUCAAGAAUAACACUGUACUGAAAGAGCUAACGAAUUUCGGCAACUCAGCGAACGCUAACGGCGAAAACGAACUUAGACGUAGCUUCAACGCCGGAAACAUCACCAUGGAGGAUCUAGAAAACUUCCUAGAGACUACCGACAGACAUCUCAAGCGGUGCUCCGAAAAGCAGAUAGCUCUACAAAAGGAGAGAGAUCGAUUACUCGAAAUAAACAAGAUUAACGACUCCGAAAUCAUCGCCAUGAGGAAAUUCCUGACCGAGCUGUCUGUCAGUGUGAAAACAUUCAACUCUGUAAAGGAGCUAUACUCCCAGAAACUAAAUAAGGUGAUCGCACUACAGAGGACAGUGAGAAGGGAAAUCCUGAACUUGGAUGGACGGAUCAACGACGCGACGAUGUGCAAGCUAGAGAGGGGCUAUGCUGCUAUCAUGCAGGACUUAUCAGAAUGUGCCCUAAACUUGGAGAGAUGGGUCGACCGGAGCAUUGUCAGGGCCAUAUCACCGGAGAAGAUCAAGCAGGCGUUCAUGAGCGAGCUGGAUCGAGCCUCACUCGUGCCCACCAACUUCCAGAACACAAGCUUGGAAAUCCAGUUCGGAGAAUUAGAGUCGUCUUUCCACAAACUACUGAAGGAGGUGAUGCAAGCUCAGUCCGGAGACGGAGCCAAGGACGCUCAAGCCCUGACGAUCAUGGAGGUCCGAGCGGAGUAUGAAGAUAAGCUCAGCAGGAUGAAGGCGAAAAUGAAAGAACUAUACGUCGAUCAGAUAAGUCAGUUCCAAGAGAAACAUAAGAAGGUGAUAGAAGAGUACGAGAGGAAGCUAGAAAAGGCUAAUGAGGAAACGAAGGAGUUGAGCAAGGCUUACGAGCAACAUAUCAGAAGUUUGACUACGGAACUCUGGAACGUUGGAGAGAAGUUUAUUAUACAGAAGGAUGAGGCGCAGUGGCUAAGGAAACAGCAGAAGUCGGGUUCACUCAUGUCCCUUCAACAUGUGCAUUCUACGGGUCUGGUGGCGCGGCACGAGGACGCGGGCCGGCCCUCCGACACGCUGUCACUCCGCUCGCUACAACACAACAGGAACGACAGGAAAGGACGUAAAACGUGCGGCGAAAUGUCUGACGAGGAAGGCGAGGUUUUCGACAACCGCUGUCUUCGGGAACUCGCGGAAACUCCGCGUCGGGGACGCCCCUCAGCAGUGGGCGGGACAGGGGGCGGGGCCAUGAAGCGGCUGUCGGAGCUGCAGCGCCGCAACACGCUGUGUCAGCCCCACCUCAAGAGCUCUUACCCCGCCGAGACCCAGUUCGUGCCGGGAGUACAGGAGGAUGAUAUUAAGUGCAACUCAAUGUCCCUGGGCGGCAAGGCGCAACGUAAGGAGGUGGGCAUCACCGCGUACAAGAAGCCCGGACCCCCCACACCCAGCAAACAGGCCGGACGACUGUCCGCUACAGACAGUGAGUUGCGCGAGUCGCUGCGCGUGGAGGCGGAGCCGGGCGCGCGCCGCACGGCCACGCCCUCCCGACUGUUCGGUCUGUUCCGCGGGAAACAGGACACGAUAGAGGGCACACCGCGCGGCCGUCGACUCAGCAACAUAUUCAGAAAGAAAUAGCUUUACACCCACCUACCUGAUUCCACCGAUACAAUAAACAUAUUUAUUCUCUUAAA